AUGCUACCAAGAAGACAUAUACAUUCUGGUUUGGAGGCUGAAAUUGAGUCAGAGUCUCGUGAGGAAGCUGCGAGAUUGAAAGAGCGAGGAAUCGAUUCGACGAAAUCGCAGCCCGCUAAGUUUGUUGGAAUGUAUAACAGAUAUGACCAAGAACGCUUCGGAAAGCUGAAUGAGUUCCAAACGAUGGGCACAUCGUCAUUCGUUGGAACAAAUCUCAGUUCGAUCAGUACACUGGAGAAUCGACCCUUGGACUCAGUGGAGAAUCAGAAUCCAGACGAAGCGGCAAGAAGAACCGCUCUGGCUACGACGAUACCUCAAAGCGUAAGCACUCCUGAUGAACCGAAAAAGCGAGUCAGCCGUACGCCAAUCAUUAUCAUACCGUCGGCUAUGACUUCGUUAUUGACCAUUUUCAACGCUCAAGACAUAAUUCAGGAUAUGAAUUUCGUGACAACAGAGGAGAAAAGAAAGGAGAAAAAUAUGCAGCGAAAGUCUCAGAUUUAUAUUCAGCGAAAGAAGAAUGACACCUCAGUACCCUACCUUAUUGUGGACCAACCGAACAAAUUCACGGAUGCGGAGUGGGAUCGUGUGGUUGCAGUUUUCAUCACGGGACAAUUGUGGCAGUUCACAAGCUUUCAAGCGGUGCACAGCAUCCAAGUAGAGAUAUUUUGCCAAAAAUUCCGUGCUUGA